UUGGAUGGUAACCCAAUGCUCAAGUAAGAACCUUCCCUUCCCAUGGUUUCCUCAUGUUUUAGGGCCACAGCGUGGAAUCGCAGGCUGGUGAUAUUUCUACAUGCUCUAAGAACCGAAAUGCUGACUGGUUUCCUGACUAUAGCCUGGCGAGUUUCGUCACCACAUACAUGGAAGAGGAGGUCGAGAAGCUCAUGUGCGAGUCGUUCAGCAAGAACUUCAUCGACUAUGAGGAGUACCCGCAGACCGCAGAGAUCCAGAACCGCUGUGUCAACAUGAUCGCCAGACUGUUCAACGCCCCGACGGACGACAAGGAUGAUCACGCGAUGGGCACUUCCACCGUUGGUUCCUCAGAGGCCAUCAUGCUGGCAACCCUCGCCAUGAAGAGACGCUGGCAGAACAAGCGCAAGGCCGAGGGCAAGGACACCUCGAGACCCAACAUCGUCAUGAACAGUGCAGUUCAGGUUUGCUGGGAGAAGGCUGCGCGCUACUUCGACAUCGAAGAGAAGUACGUUUACUGCACGGAAGACCGCUACGUCAUCGACCCUAAGGCCGCUGUCGACCUCGUCGACGAGAACACUAUCGGUAUCUGUGCUAUCAUCGGUACCACUUAUACCGGACAGUACGAGGACGUCAAGGCCAUCAACGACCUCUUGAUCGAGAGAGGACUUGAUACCCCAAUCCACGUCGACGCUGCCAGUGGUGGUUUCGUUGUUCCCUUUGUCAACCCCAGCUUGGAAUGGGACUUCAGACUUCCCAAAGUUGUCUCGAUCAACGUCUCCGGACACAAGUACGGUCUGGUCUACCCCGGUGUUGGCUGGGUUGUUUGGCGAUCCCCCGAAUACCUGCCCAAGGAACUUGUCUUCAACAUCAACUACCUCGGUGCCGACCAGGCCAGUUUCACCCUCAACUUCUCCAAGGGAGCUUCCCAGGUCAUCGGCCAGUACUACCAGAUGAUCCGCCUGGGCAAGCAUGGCUACCGCUCCAUCAUGGUCAACCUGACCCGCACUGCUGAUUACCUGGCUGCCCAGCUGAAGGAACUCGGCUUCAUCAUCAUGAGCGAAGGCCGUGGACAGGGUCUGCCCCUGGUGGCUUUCCGCCUCGACCCGACCAAGGACCAUGUUUUCGAUGAGUUCGCUAUUGCCCACCAGCUCCGUGAGCGCGGCUGGGUUGUUCCCGCCUACACCAUGGCUCCGCACAGCGAAGCGCUCAAGCUGAUGCGUGUCGUCGUGCGUGAAGAUUUCACCAAGGCCCGCUGUGACAGCCUGGUUCAGGACAUCAAAUUGGCCCUCCAGGUCCUCGAGGCCAUGGACAAGGCCAACCUCGAACGCUACAAGCAGCACAUGAGCCACUUCGUGAAGCGCUCCCGUAAGGUUACCCAGACUCACCCGCACUACAAGAACGAGAAGCACUCCUUGCAGGGUAAGACCGGCAAGACGCACGCCGUGUGCUAGAUUUUGCUUCUCCAUUUCCCCACACCCAUCAUGAACUAGAGCCUAUGCGGUACAGUCUCGCGCCUCUAGGCCAUGUUUUACCAACGAUAAAAUGAUGUUCCUGGCUAGCGAGUUCUAGAUUCUAGGAUACGAUACAUAUUGAUGCCUUUUACCCUCCUGCUUUUUACGGAAACGGGAAAGGAACCUCCUAUUCCGGAGGUUAUGAUGACGAUAUUAGAAAUAAAAAAUGAAGAUACGACUUUUUUCAUACUGUACAUAUCCCGUUCUAAUUGAAAACCAAACUACGUAGUUCGUAAUAUGAUAGUAUAUUCAAUCCAAAGAUCAUAAUUAAGUUCGU